UAAUUAAUUAUAAUUUUAUAACUUAUUGUGAUUUAAUUCUUUUAAUAUUUUAAUUUUUCAGUGGGUGCACGAGGAAGAGACGGCAAAAUCAUACGAAUUACACGGGACACUGAGACUUCUACAUCGACUCCGAUGAAUCCCCCAGAGAGGAUUCGACCGACAGCUUCAAGGAGAAGAAGACGUAUGAUUAUUGAAGACGAUGAUGAGGGACAUAAUGAUCAGGGGGAGCCUUCUACAGUGCAUGAGGAAGAUGUGGUACAUGAGCAUAUGGUGCACGGGCAGGUCGAUGUACACGAGCAGGAGAAGGCUGCACCUGCUCAUGAGGGAGAGCAUAUGGAGGAGGAACAUGAUGGAGCUGAGGGACCUGGUGAGCUCACACGGUAUCCUGGAGGACCUUAUGAUUUGUCUGUCCUUACACGAUACCGUUAUCAUGUUUCAGCUAGACUAUGGUUUGGCGAGGAGCGACCAUUGCUGAAAAUUAUUGCACAUGGGAAGAAAAUGCAACAAUUUACUCCGCCGGUACUUCCGCGACCCAUAGAGAAUUGGGUGAAUUUGUCUGGUCUGAACCCAUUACAACGGGGUAGUUUGAAGAUGAUCGACAGCAACUUGAUAUCUGCCUUUGUUGAAAGAUGGGGUGAGUUCUACAGUCCACCCGAUGUAGAUAGAGUAACGGCAUGUAAUCUUGCCGUCCAUCUAUUAGGAGUGACCACGGAAGAGAUCUGGGAGGAGACCAGAAAGACUAGAGGUGCACACUAUAGAUUGGAUUGGUUGAAGGAGGUGUUCAGAAGGCAGUGUGCAGCAGAGAGGUUUGACUGUGCUGCUAGGGCAUAUCUGUUGAAUUUAGUCGGGAGUACUAUUUUCGCUGAUAAGAGUCAUACUCUAGUUGAUGCGAAGUACCUCCCUUUAUUCAGAUAUUUAGAUGGUAUAGAUAGAUAUGCAUGGGGUACUGUUGCACUAGUGGUGCUUUAUGACUACCUCUCAGAUGCCUGCUAUUAUGACACCAAACAGCUAGGGGGAUAUAUGACGAUGCUUCAGUGCUGGAUUUACGAAUAUUUUCCGAAUAUUUGUAAUAGAGGUGAUCAGGGUGCUGACGUGGAAUGUUUUGCCCGAAUGAAUAGAUGGUGCUAUAAGCAAGGCAAGCAUAAGGUCCACGAAUACAGAAGUAUUAUUGAUGCAUUGACACCUGCAGAUGUUAUAUGGAGACCAUGGGAGAAUCACAGGGGUGUCAUUCCUUUUGAUGAUAUCACACUUUAUACUGGUCACAUUCGAUUAUGCAGCACUGUAGUGAAAUAUCUACCAGAGAGGUGUUUGAGACAAUUCGGAUAUAUCCAGUAUAUUCCUUCACCGCCACUUCCAGAUCCUGCUAGAUUAUUUGAUGUAGAUGUGGAAUGGUUGGGAUAUGUGAUGCCAGUGACAGAGCUAUUUCACAAGUUUCGUCCAGCUACAUAUCCAUCUGAGUGUGAAGAUGGAUAUUUGGAGUGGUUCUAUCAGGUGUCUCAUCCACUGCUGGUGCGACCAGAUGGUGUACCUCAGGUCCCACGUUAUAGUGUACCGCCCACCAGUGCAGAUGCUUCUAGUUCACAGCCGUCACCUAUCCUACAGCAGAUCGGUUUAUCUAAUCCAAAUUACUCACAGUCAGUGUUGUUAAAUGGCGGCCGUGGCGCCGCCAUUCCACCACGGUAUGACGGAUUUUUGGACAAUAACCAAAGGCAAUUUGUGAAGGAAUUAUUGUCAUAG